CUAUGGAAUAAAUGAAAUGAUUGAUAAGUAAGAGGAAAGUGUAGCUAGGGACGAAAAGGGGGAAAGGAAAGUUUGGAGGAAGAGUCAAAUGAGCAAUGAGAGGAGAAUUCGUCCUCGGAGUUGGACACUAUUCGAUCUGAGUGGCACAACACUGGUUUUUACAAGUGAUGCAUUCAACAACCAAGGCCACGGCAACCAAGAUUUAUCUUCUGCACACAUUCUUUCUUCUGCUCCAGCCAGCAGGAACAACCAAACAUCCUCUGAUGCACCUCAUAGUAACAACAACGUUGAUACACGCAGGAGGAGCCAAUUAUCAUCUCAUGCAGACGUACCCAUCACUAGUACUGAUCAUGUCUCACCCAGAUGGGACCAUAUCAAGAAUCCACCUCCACCUCCAGCUCCACUCCUAGUCCCACGUUACCAACCUUCUCCUCUUCACCAUCCUUCUUCCUCUCCUCGCCCUUCAAAUUAUGGCACUAACCGUGGUACUGUUUCAACCAACCGGGACCAUAUGAAGAAGAAUCAGACUGUGAGUCCUUACCGUGAUCCUAUUGCUGUUUCUCAUCAGUUUCUUCUUCGUCCCACUGCUACUCCUCUGUCUCUUCGCGUGGAAAUUAGACUAUGUCGGGAGAUGCGACCUAAAACAAUGGAUCAUGGGAAAGAGGUUAAAAUUGUGAUAAAGAAUUUCCUCUUAUAACAUGAAAUUCCCUUGUGCAAAUCGCUUAGUCACACAAUACGAGUCGAAUCUCAACAUGCAAAGUACAUGGGAACAAAUUUCCACACGCUUCAUGAACAAGGAAGGAGGAAGCAAUUAUAAUUGUGCUUCAAGGAAGUUCUUGGCUACUGAGAAUCACAUGCCCCGUUAGGACACUCGAGUCUUCAGCAAGCAAACCAAAUUGCACAAGUGUCAAACUUGGUGUGUCCAAGUACCGUUUCUGAAGAAACUUACAAAUAUUUACUCAAAUUCAAUUCUAUCCUAUGUAGGUUAUAAAGAUGUCUUUAAUUUUUUGUAAAAGUUAAAGCAAAGACUUCAAAGAUAAUA